UUAAGUAUGUAGUCAAAACAAAGCGUAUAGGAGCCGGUCGCACGGAAGUGUUUUGUUCCAACCUUGUGCGAAAUGAGACCUGAGACAUUUUGAACAAAAAACUUCAACAUGUUAUUAACGGUGUAGUUUGUACUUCUUUUUUAUACCAGUAUUUUAACAUUAAGGAAACUAAACGGAGUGUAGUUUGCGAGCUGCCUAGCUUGCUUCAACGACACAAGCGGCCAUGCCUCCCUAUUCUGAAUUGAGGAAAAGCAACCACUUCUAUUACUUCAUCAAAUUCACCCUCAAUGUCUAUUCGAUGCUGUUUUCGCUGGUGGGUCUCUGUGUACUCUGCGUGGGGGUGUAUGCUGAAGUGGAAAGGCAGAAAAAUCGAACUCUGGAGGGUCUCUUCCUGGCUCCUGCAGUGGUGCUGAUCCUGCUGGGUCUGGUAAUGUUCACAGUCUCACUUGUGGGCAUGGUUGGCUCCCUCAGAGACAAUAAAACCCUGCUGCACAUGUUCCUCUGCGUUCUCUGUGUGUUGCUGCUCCUCCAAGCUAUCGGCCUCAUUAUAGCUCUCAUCUUUGAGAAGAAGACGUCUUCCUUGUUUCAAAGCAGCAUACGAGAGGGAAUCAAACACUACUACGAUGACCUGGACUUUAAAAACAUCUUGGACUACGUGCAAGAAAAGUUUUCAUGUUGUGGAGGAGAUGAAUAUAAGGACUGGGGAGUCAACCAAUACCACUUCUGUAACGGGACUGGCCCACUAGCGUGUGGGGUUCCAUAUACCUGCUGUAUCCGCCGUGAGGUAGGAGAGGUCAUUAACACCCUGUGUGGUUCCAAGGCACUGGAUAGACAGCGUGAAAGCCUGCAAGAGGAGAUCCACGUGCGAGGGUGCAUUCACGCAGUCAACCUUUGGAUGAGUGACAACAUUGGAGUAACUGUUGGACUGUGCUGUGCCAUUGGGCUGCCACAGCUGCUCGGCAUUGUCCUGAGCUGCGUCUUUUGGAACCUUCUGGUGGAAAUGAGCGAAUCUGUCGACAUGGUGGACUUCAAGUUGAAGAAGCUGGAGUUCAAGUACAGCGAGCUGGACCUGGCCGGCGCCGGCUGGUGUAUGUGCCUGCCGAGGGACGGCGGCUACUUGCCCGUUCCAGCUUCUGAGCCCGAACUGGACCCCAUUGACAUUCACCUGCAGAAGCUGAAGAAGCAGCCGCCUCGCACGCACGCUCAGCUCCGAGAACUCCAACAGUCCAGGUCGGCCAGCGGCCUGGACGAGGUAGAUGUGGGCCGCAAGCUGAAAAGGGAACACUGAAUGGUCUUGUCGCCCUUUCCUGCUUUCCCUGCGACAUUGUGAUCUUUUUAGUUGUUUGAUUUGUGUUGCACUACUUAAUGGUUGAACCUCUGCUGAUGGAUCGAGGGAAUUUGGUCAGCCAAAGGGAUCCAAAAUACUUUGUCACUUUGAGUGUUCUGUUGACUAGAAAUUCAGACAACAAACAACCUGCCGCAUCAGCUUUUGUUUUUAUUUUUCUCGUUUACAGUUUUGUAGUGUCUUGUUUCGAGUGUUAAGUAUUGAAAGAUAUUUGGCAUUAUGUCACAUUUGAAUUUGUUUUGAUCUUUGGAUUUGAGCUACAUCUCACGGGUUGGCGCUUACCUCAGGCUGUUUCAGACAGCCCAAUAGCUAAGAGGAUGAAUCUUGUACCUUGUGUAUAAAAACACAAACAAAAUACAAAUAAUUGUAGAGUCAUGGUUUUUCAGUGUCGACCAAAUAGGACUAGCCUAUAUGUCAUGCGCGUAACGUUUGUGACGGAUGUGUACAGGUUGUGUAAAAAAAAAAAAAAGUGUUAUGAUCUCGGUUGGAUUUGUGUCGUCAGUGUACACUGUAAAACUGAUAGUCGUGGAAUAAUAAUGGAAUGCAUGUUUUGUACUGUGUAUGAAUUAAAUUAUUCGUAAAACGAUACUCGGUUUACAUUUGAAGCUUUCAAAUGGGAGGCUUCAGUUUUUCAAUUUUUUAAAAUAGUUUCUAUUCUUUCCAUCAUUUAAGGGACGGCGAAAGGGAGAAUACAAGCUACAACUCUGUUCAAUAGCACCUGUUUGACAGUCGCGCCAAUACAGUAUCAGACCACUCUUCCGAGCUUCCCUGCAGCUCGUGCCUUGUACCAACACUACUGCUCUGGUCAAUAAACUGGAAUUUGUCUACUAA